GGAAACCACCCGCCCGCUCGCGCCCGCUCAAGAUGGCGAAGGACCUGGAUGCGCUCCUGGAUGAAGUCGAGACCAAAUUCUGCCGCCCCGACCCCCUGAGGCUGGGCCUGGGCGAGCGGCCCCCCGGCGGCGACCGGAACGGAGCCGAGGCGAAGGAGGAUCCCAGGUCAGCAGAAACAUGUCAAAAAGAAGAUGACCUUGACAGUCUUAUUAAUGAGAUAUUUGAGGAGCCAAACUAUGACAAAAAACCUUUUCAAAAAUUUAAAUCUAAAUCUUCAAGUAACACAUCUGUCAGAGCUUCCGUUCAAGGCCUCAGUAAGAGCUGCAGUCCGGUGUAUCUCAGCGGAAGCGCCAUUCCAUGUGGGGUUGGAACACACACCUCGCCGAGAGCAUGUGACCAGCUGCGUUGUAUAGCCUGUGAUUUCCGGAUAAUGAGCUACAAUGACUAUAUGUGGGACAAAUCAUGUGAUUACCUGUUCUUCAGGAACAACAUGCCGGAAUUCCACAAACUGAAAGCAAAGUUGGUCCAGAAGAAAGGAGCCCGGGCAUAUGCUUGCCAGUGUAGCUGGAGGACUAUUGAGGAGCUGACAGACCUGCAGACAGAGCACCAGCUCCGCUGGGUUUGUGGUAAACACUGAGGGCGCAGACCAUCCACCUUCUGACAACGCCAUUUCUGAGAGCACGCUCCGCUCACUGGAAGAUAAUGUCCCGGGACACCAUGACAUUACUCCUUUUGGCUCGGGAGUUUUACUUAGUAGGUUAAAAAUAUCUGAAUUUACUAGCCUAUCUCCUGUUAGAGAUUUAAAUUGUGGCGAUUUGUGCAAAUUUACAGCCUUUCCGUAGCAGCUGCAGCAGUGGCUGCUCAUGCUCUCUAGCACAUUCUCGUGUGUCAUUGCUGACAAGCACCCGCUGGCCAGGGCAGAGAGGUCACUGUCGCACGUACCCACGGUUCCUGCUCUGAUCCGUACUUACCAGAGACCAUGAGUUCAACCUGAGAGACGCAGAUGGUCACUGAUGCACUGGAGGGUUGUCGAGGGUGCGGUGCGGUGCGGUGUGAACCCUCCCCACCCCCCACCCCCGUACAUGUGCCUCAUGGUCUCUCUCAGUUCAGUAUUAUGCACAAUAGUGACAGUAAUAGUAAUAGUAACGUCUCCAUUGUAGCAUAGUCCUCUCCUGUACUCAUUGAAAUAUCAAGUUAGUUUUAUAUUAAUAAAUAUCUAUUUAUAUAUAAAAGAUUUCGGUGUAUCUAAAAUGACUAAAGUCCUUCAAAUAAGUAGGACUGUUGUUGGGUUUUUCAAUUAAACUUCAUAAUUCCAUCAAAUAAACAGCAACCUUUUCAGGCAA